AUGGCAUCUAUGGCGGAAGCCAGCGUGCUGCAGCUGUGGGACACCGUCUGGUACGGCUCGCCGGGCCCCACCAGCGCAGCGGCCGCCAUGAUGGCCAAGGCCUGGUACGCCAACGCCGCCGCCACUGGCAGCACGCCCAGCCUAUAUCAAGACGACCUGCUGGACGGCCCCGUGUCGGCGCUGCUGCCCGAGCCCCCGCCCCCGCUCAAUGCGGCGGCCAUCGCAGCGGGGCCCGAUGUCGAUUCGCAGCGGUGA